AUGGCCGAGAGCAUCAUAAUCCGUGUUCAGUCCCCGGACGGGGUGAAGCGCAUCACGGCGACGAAGAGGGAGACGGCCGCGGCGUUCCUGAAAAAGGUCGCCAAGGAGUUCGGCUUCCAGAAUAACGGCUUCUCGGUGUACGUCAACAGAAACAAGACCGGAGAGAUCACAGCGUCCUCCAACAAGUCCCUCAACCUGCUGAAGAUCAAGCAUGGCGACCUCUUGUUCCUGUUUCCCUCGAGCCUGCCGGGACCCUCGUCGGAAAUGGAGACUUCGACCUCGAUGAACUUGAAGGCUCCCAACGUGGUGGAAGACGAGAUCGACCAGUACCUGAGCCGGCAGGACGGCAAGAUCUACCGGAGCCGCGACCCGCAGCUGUGCCGCCACGGGCCGCUGGGCAAGUGCGUGCACUGCGUCCCGCUGGAGCCGUUCGACGAGGACUACCUAAACCACCUGGAGCCGCCCGUGAAGCACAUGUCCUUCCACGCCUACAUCCGGAAGCUGACCGGGGGCGCCGACAAGGGGAAGUUUGUUGCCCUGGAGAACAUCAGUUGCAAGAUUAAGUCGGGGUGUGAGGGACACCUCCCGUGGCCCAACGGGAUCUGCACCAAGUGCCAGCCCAGCGCCAUCACGCUGAACAGACAGAAAUACAGACACGUGGACAACAUCAUGUUCGAGAACCACACGGUCGCUGACCGCUUCCUCGACUUCUGGAGGAAGACGGGGAACCAGCAUUUCGGGUACCUGUAUGGGCGGUACACGGAGCACAAGGACAUCCCGCUGGGCAUCCGGGCCGAGGUGGCCGCCAUCUACGAGCCUCCGCAGAUAGGCACACAGAACAGCCUGGAGCUUCUCGAAGACCCCAAAGCCGAGGUGGUGGACGAAAUCGCUGCCAAGCUGGGCCUGAGGAAGGUCGGCUGGAUAUUCACAGACCUCGUCUCGGAAGACACCCGCAAGGGCACCGUCCGGUACAGUCGGAACAAGGACACCUACUUCCUGAGUGCGGAGGAGUGCAUCACCGCCGGGGACUUCCAGAACAAGCACCCCAACAUGUGCCGGCUCUCUCCGGACGGGCACUUCGGCUCCAAGUUCGUCACUGCUGUGGCCACAGGCGGCCCGGACAACCAGGUGCACUUCGAAGGCUACCAGGUGUCCAACCAGUGCAUGGCGCUGGUGCGGGACGAGUGCCUGCUGCCCUGCAAGGACGCGCCCGAGCUCGGCUACGCCAAGGAGUCCAGCAGCGAGCAGUACGCGCCCGACGUGUUCUAUAAGGACAUAGACAAGUUUGGCAACGAGAUCACCCAGCUGGCCCGCCCGCUGCCCGUGGAGUAUCUGAUCAUAGACAUCACAACCACGUUCCCCAAGGAUCCAGUUUACACCUUUUCUAUCUCACAAAACCCGUUUCCUAUCGAGAACCGCGACGUUUUAGGGGAAACGCAGGACUUCCAUAGUUUGGCCACCUACCUGUCGCAGAAUACCUCCGCCAUGUUCUUGGACAUCAUCUCGGAUUUCCACCUCCUGCUCUUCCUGGUCACCAACGAAGUCAUGCCUCUGCAGGACAGCAUCAGCUUGCUGCUGGAGGCCGUGCGGACCCGGAACGAGGAGCUCGCCCAGACCUGGAAGAAGUCGGAGCAGUGGGCCACCAUCGAGCAGCUCUGCAGCACAGUUGGGGUGCAGCUUCCGGGCCUCCAGGAGUACGGAGCCGUCGGGGGCUCCUCGCAUGCCACCACGGCCGCCAUGUGGGCCUGUGAGCACUGCACCUUCAUGAACCAGCCGGGCACUGGCCACUGCGAGAUGUGCAGCCUCCCCAGGACCUAG